UAUAACCUUAAAGUAAUACAAAGAAUUAUUUUCUAAAGUAAUAUUAGAAAUAGUAAAAGGGCACUGAACAUGCAAAUGACAGAUUUUUUUAAAAUGAAAACGUAAAAAUUAAAGAAAGUUGUAAAUAUUAUUCUAAAAUAUUAAUUUUACAUAAACAAUCAACUACCAAGUUAGUCUUAAGUAGAAGAAGGUUAUCGUUGUGCGAGAGUGACGGCUUCAUUACGUUUACACUUUACACGAUUUUGCGGGGUCACCUUCAAAUUUAUAGAUAGGAGCGUAUUUCACGUUUCGCUCGGUGUCGUUUCGUUUCAGUUUACCUUUCAGGUUUUUAAGAAAUAUAUUUAGUAUGAGUAGUGAACCUCAAGCAAAGCGUACAAAAAUGAGUGCCUUAGACCAAUUAAAACAAUUUUCAACUGUUGUGGCCGAUACCGGUGACUUCGAAGCUAUGAAGGCUUACAAGCCUACGGAUGCCACUACGAAUCCAAGUUUAAUUCUCUCUGCAGCUGGUAUGGAACAAUAUCAACAUUUGCUGGACAAAGCUAUCAAAUAUGGAAUGGACUGUGGGGGAAAUCUAGAAGAACAAUUAUCUGAGGUCAUGGACAUGUUAAGCGUUUUGUUUGGUUGUGAAAUACUAAAAAUUAUACCUGGACGUGUUUCUGUUGAAGUAGAUGCGAGAUUGUCAUUCGAUAAGGAUGCUAGUAUGGCUAAAGCAAUAAAAUUGAUUGGCAUGUUUGCUGAGCAAGGUAUCAAGAAAGAGAGGAUUUUGAUCAAACUUGCAUCAACAUGGGAGGGUAUCCAAGCUGCACGGGAAUUGGAGAAAAAACAUGGUAUUCAUUGUAAUCUGACCCUCCUGUUCUCAAUGUGCCAAGCAAUUGCAUGUGCUGAGGCCAAUGUGACACUGAUAUCACCAUUUGUUGGAAGAAUAUUGGAUUGGUAUGUGGAACACACAAAGUUGACAUAUGAACCCAAGGAUGAUCCGGGAGUGUUGUCUGUAUCCCGUGUGUACAACUACUACAAGAAGUUUGGCUACAAGACACAGGUUAUGGGGGCCUCAUUCCGUAACACUGGAGAGAUAAAAGAGCUGGCUGGCUGCGAUUUGCUCACCAUCAGUCCAAAACUGCUUCAGGAGCUUGCCAACAGUGAACAGCCUCUUAAGAAGGUUCUUGAUUCAAAAACAGCGGCUCAGUGUGACAUUAAGAAAAUAUCUUUAACCGAGGCACAGUUCCGCUGGCAACUGAAUGAAGACCAAAUGGCCACUGACAAACUUUCCGACGGCAUCAGAAAAUUUGCAGCGGAUGGCAGGAAGCUGGAAUCUCUCAUUAAAUCAUUACUCUCUAAGAAGUAAAAUGGUUAAGAAAAUGAAAACAUGGGGAAGGAUUCGGAAAUAUAUCUAUAGUUCAUAUAAAAACGUUGCAUUGUUUUUUCUACAUUUGUAGUUUUUAUAUAUUUUUUUUUAGAAUUUAAGCGAAAAUGGGUCCAAAAUUCACAUUUAAAACUUUUAUACAUUCCUAGUUUUGUUGUUUUUUUUUAUUGCCUUUCUAUGGUGCUGUUUAUCACAAUAAAUAUUUUAUUUUCAACUA